UUACUGCUUACUUCCAAUGUAGACGCUUAAGAGUAAGCGUAAGAAAUAAAAAUAAUUCAUUUCGCUUAUGCCCUUACUCCAGCUCUCUUAAACCAGAAGUAGUUCUCUUACGCCUACUCUUACUUCUUACGCCAAGCUUACUCCACCUAUUGUAGACGACGCUUUAUUCUGUCGGCGUUUUUUCGUCAAACUGGGCAGCGGAUGACAAUAAACGCGUGGGCACCAUGUUCUACGUGAUAGGAUUAGGUCUAGGCGACACGAAGGACGUCACCGUUAAAGGGCUCGACAUCAUCAGGAAGUGUGAUCGCGUGUACCUGGAAUCUUAUACCUCGGUCUUAACAGUGCAGCAGGAAGCCUUGGUUCGUAAUCAUCCAAACGUCAAGGAAGAAUUCUACGGACGUUCUCUGAUCGUAGCCGACCGGGAGCUAGUGGAGAGUAAUGCAGACGAGAUACUGCCCAAGAGAAAGGACGAGGAUGUUGCUUUUCUGGUCGUGGGGGACCCCUUCGGGGCUACCACGCACACGGAUCUGGUUCUGCGCGCGAAGGAGAGAAAUAUACAGGUGAGAGUCGUACACAAUGCAUCGAUACUGACUGCGGUCGGUUGCUGCGGCUUACAACUGUACUCGUACGGGGAAAUCGUUUCAAUUCCGUACUGGACCGACACUUGGCGGCCCGACAGCUUUUACGAGAAGAUCGCGUCCAACAGGCAAAGAGGGCUGCACACACUCUGUCUCUUGGACAUCAAAGUUAAGGAGCCUACCCUGGAAAGUAUCACGAGGAGAAAGAAGGAGUACAUGCCUCCGAGAUUCAUGAACGUUAACGAGGCUGCCGGUCAACUGAUGGCUAUACUCGACAACAAGAUUCAGGAUGGUCAGAAAGAUUUAGCGUUCACGCAACGUAGCUUGGCGGUGGGCCUGGCGCGGGUGGGCUGCGAGGACCAGCACAUUGUCGCUUGUCCCCUGCAGGAUAUGACGCGCGUGGACUUGGGACCGCCGCUACACUGCCUCGUCAUACCGGCGGAAAAACUUCAUCCCCUCGAGUUGGAAUUUCUAACGCAGUAUGCUCUCGACGAGGCUCAAUUCAAAGAAAUGACGCAAUGACCUUUUUUAUCUCAUGAAGAAUAGAGUGGACUCUCGUCUUUUUGUACAGCGACGAAAUACAUUGAUUGUGCGAAACUGUUA